AAAUAACUCCCACACACUGAUACACAGGCACACACACCGCUGGGCUUGUAAGUCAAUACCAUCCCAGUGUUCUACCAACCACGAUCCUCCAACCUGAGCCACAUUGGCCAGAACAAAUUCUCCGUGCGCUUCAGAGCGGAGGGGAUUACUGCCUCCUGACUCCGGUGGGAGCGGACCCCGCUGCUGCCGCCCUCGCGCCCCUCGAGAGGGAUACAGCGGGGGACGCAUCCGAGUCGGCUCUGUUGAAAUGCAUCGAGCUGUGCUGUGGGAGUGUUCGCGACAUGAGAGCCAGAAACCCCAAAGUGGCAGAAAUCCCCUUCAACUCCACCAACAAGUACCAGCUCUCCAUCCACGAGUUGGAGGAGAGCGCCUCUGGUCAUCUCCUGGUCAUGAAGGGCGCUCCGGAGAGGAUUUUGGACAGGUGCAGCACCAUCAUGAUCCAUGGCCAGGAGCUUCCAAUGGAUGACAACUGGAAAGACGCUUUCCAAAAUGCCUACAUGGAGCUGGGAGGACUGGGAGAGAGAGUGCUCGGCUUCUGCCACUUGAACCUGUCCACGUCCCAGUUCCCUCGAGGAUUCACCUUCGACUGCGACGACAUGAAUUUCCCCACCGAGCAGCUCUGCUUCCUGGGUCUCAUCUCCAUGAUCGAUCCGCCGCGCGCCGCUGUGCCUGACGCAGUGGGUAAAUGCCGCUCUGCUGGCAUCAAGGUGAUCAUGGUAACCGGGGACCACCCAAUCACCGCCAAGGCCAUCGCUAAGGGCGUGGGCAUCAUCUCUGAGGGCAACGAGACUGUGGAGGACAUUGCUGAGAGGCUGAACAUUCCCCUGAGCCAAGUUAACCCAAGGGAUGCCAAGGCCUGCGUGGUGCACGGCUCGGACCUGAAGGACAUGAGCUCCGAGUAUCUGGACGACCUGCUGAGGAACCACACGGAGAUCGUGUUCGCUCGCACCUCGCCUCAACAGAAGCUCAUCAUCGUGGAAGGCUGCCAGAGACAGGGGGCGAUUGUGGCGGUGACGGGCGACGGCGUGAACGACUCGCCGGCCCUGAAGAAAGCCGACAUCGGCGUUGCCAUGGGGAUCGCCGGCUCUGACGUCUCCAAGCAGGCGGCUGACAUGAUCCUGCUGGACGACAACUUCGCCUCCAUCGUCACCGGAGUGGAGGAGGGUCGUCUGAUCUUCGACAACCUGAAGAAGUCCAUCGCCUACACGCUGACCAGCAACAUCCCCGAAAUCACGCCUUUCCUCCUCUUCAUCAUCGCCAGCGUUCCCCUCCCUCUGGGCACCGUCACCAUCCUCUGCAUCGACCUGGGCACCGACAUGGUCCCGGCCAUCUCGCUGGCCUACGAGACGGCAGAGAGCGACAUCAUGAAGCGUCAGCCAAGGAACCCGAAGACAGACAAGCUGGUCAAUGAACGCCUCAUCAGCAUGGCUUACGGCCAGAUAGGGAUGAUCCAGGCUCUCGGUGGCUUCUUCACCUACUUUGUGAUCUUGGCUGAGAACGGCUUCCUCCCAGGAACCCUGCUGGGCCUCCGCAUCAAGUGGGACGACCGCAGCGUCAACGACGUGGAAGACACCUAUGGGCAGCAGUGGACCUACGAGCAGAGGAAGAUCAUCGAAUUCACCUGCCACACCUCCUUCUUCGUCAGCAUUGUGGUCGUCCAGUGGGCCGACCUGAUUAUCUGCAAGACCAGGAGGAACUCUGUCUUCCAGCAGGGCAUGAAGAACAGGAUCCUGAUCUUCGGCCUGUUCGCUGAGACCGCGCUGGCCGCCUUCCUGUCCUACUGCCCCGGCAUGGACGUCGCCCUGCGCAUGUAUCCGCUCAAGAUCCUAUGGUGGUUCUGUGCCUUCCCAUACAGUCUCCUCAUCUUCAUUUAUGAUGAAAUCCGUAAAUUUAUUCUGAGGAGGAGCCCUGGAGGUUGGGUGGAACAGGAGACAUAUUAUUAACAUUCAGAAAAUGUCACUUUGAAUCGUGUGCCUGUGCUAUAUGUGUGCGUUUUAUAUGCAGAUGUGCGCAUGUGUGUUUGUCCCUGGGUGCUUGUGAGUGUAUAAGUGUUACGCCUGUGUCUGUCUGUCAGUUGUAAUAUUGCAUGGAUCAGUUCACAAAUCUGAUUAUCAUAGAAACUACCGCUGAAAAUAGGCUUUUGAUUGUGCUUUCAGAUUUUCUUUUCUUUUCUUUUUCUUUUUUUUUUUCAGCAGACAUCUCCUGCAGUAGAAUGGCAUUGUGCACCUAUGUGCCUAACAUAAAAUGUACCAAAAAUGUAUCACGGCCUAUUAGGCUUUCAAAAGAUACUAGCUACUGUUUGCCAAAUGAAAUGUACC